CCCGCCAUGGUCCUGCGUACCGGUGUCUGUGACUGUGACUUGUGAGGGUGACAACUAAUACUUUCCCCAGUCUUCAUUUUCUUCACACCACGUCAAUCUACCACACGCUCCCUGGUAGUUAGGUCUACUGAGUCUGUACUCUGGUCAGCUAGCUAGAUCUCUAGACCCAUUUCAGUCGAAACAUCGCAGAGAGAAGAACCAGGAAAUGUGGAUUUGCACAGAGAUACGAGGCUCCUGGUGACUACUACUGUGGAUUGAAGACUGUGCUCACAUACCCUCCAUGCCUAGCAUUUUGUGCGAAGAUCAAUUCCCCUGCAGGCUGCAGGAAUUCGUCCUGCUCUGAAUGCAGCUAUCAUUAUUAUUAUUAGUUGCCUCGUGUGUCUACUUGGUUUGGAGUCGCAGUCACAGAUUUUUUUCCAGUGCAUUGCUAAUUUCCUCUUCAAUUGCUCAAGCAGGGCACAAACAAUCCAUCUAGGGCGUGUGUGCGGCCUGAUUGGAGCGACCGCGGAGCGAAGCAGACCCGUCAUGGGUGGCUCGCAAUCCACCUUCCGGGAAUGCACGGUCCACAAGGAUUGGAGGCCUGCGGAUUUCACUGAGGCCGUCAGGGAUGCUAUCCGAGAGGAAAAUGAGACAAUAGCCACACAGAGUGAGGACAGGGUGCGUGCCGGGAUUAACUUACUGCGCAAUUACAGCCUCCAGGACCCCGCAAGGAGACUGACCAAGAACACGUUUCCCGGUCUGAUGACGCUUGGUGACUAUGGUUCCAUCAGGAUUGCGAUCCAGGGACGAGUUGCUGCUGGCAAGAGUCACACUCAAAACAACAUCCUGAAAAUGCUGGGGGAUGUUGCGAGUGAGGGGGUGUAUGAUGGAGGCGAAGGAGAUUUCCGAGUACGAGACAGCGAGUUCUGCGCAACACCUACAUCCGGAGCAUCGAUCGUGUUCCGCAACAGCCGCGGAAGCGGCGAGAGAUUCGGUGGACCACGUGCCGAGGCUGAUCUCAUGCAGGCCAUCAUCACCAACAAGUUACAUUCUAGCGAUGAGUGCUUUGCGGAGAAUGUUCGCCAUGAUGAUGAGAGUCCGCUGGCAGACCAAUGCCAUGGGGUACUGUUCGUGUCAGAUCUGAAAAUGGUGGCUAUGAUGGACGACACCAGACCGGGAGAUCACACAGAACGUCAGUUCUGGACGCCGUUCCAGACCGUCCUCAAUUCUCUGGAUAUUGUCCCAGUCACCAUCGUCUCUCACGUUCGUGAAGGAUUAAGUCCGUUUAAUCUGCGUGAGGAAUGCAGUCUCAUCCCCUUGGCUCAAGAACUUCUUGGCUCAUCCGCCAGCAACAUUUUCCCAGUGGAAAACAAAGUGCCGGUUGGCGAUCAUGCGCUGCGCGAGCAGAGACUGAUGCAGGAGUUGUUUCUGGCGCUGCAGGAGGUAUUUUGCCAGGCGGAAAUGCGCAUCUACAGAAGCGAGCUGCAGGCAUUACGUGCCACUGCAGUCUUGCCAGCACCUGACAUGCCUUCCAAGCACCUCGUAAAGGCCCUGCUACGCCAUACUGCAACGAAGAAUGCUUGGCCAUCGAUUCGCCUGGUCGAAUUGGAGAACAGAAUACUUGCGCUGUGGCAAGCCAGUGGCCUCACCGAGGAGUCUCGCUACAUCACACCCAGCCAGCUAGCCACACUCAUGAGUGAGCCAGAUGUGUGCGCACAGAUGUUCAGGAGUGAUGCGCAGCGCAUACAGGUUCAGCGCGAGUUGCAGACGCUACGCAUUCAGUAGCUGAUCUCUGCACUGCCGAUACUGACAACUAGACUAGAAGUACGUAAUCUGUUUCUGUACUAGACUUAGCGCCACGGACCAUUAUCUAUUGCACACUUCCGGCCGUGGUGAAUAAUUGCGGUGCAAAACAUUAUAAUAUUCCACGCAUCUCAGUGCAGCAUGUCAACUUUCAGUAUGGUGCACUUCACUCUUCCUCAUUACAUUAUUUUUGUUUGACUCUUCAAUGCGAGUUGCGCUGUGGACUAUAGUUUGGACAAGGCAAUCAACUCCAAAUUUUUGACCUCUCCACAAUGUCCAAUGGGCUUUACAUGGGUAUCUGUGUAAUGUGGCAUGGUACAAGAUUCGUCAGGAUUGCAGGACCAUACACGUGCCUUUAUUGCAGUUCUCCUGGCAGCAGACCAUACACGUAUCUUUAUUGCAGUUCUCCUGGCAGAAGGAAGUUUUCCUCCUUACAGUUCUGCUAUGUAUUUUUACUUCUGGUUCAGACUUUUUCCGUAUGCAUGUUCCCCUCAAGCCAAUACGUGUUCCUAUGGCACCUGCAUAUUAAUGUCCGUUGGCUUUGCCGAAUGCCGUUUGCAUGUGGAAAGGCUUGGCUCGUUUCCAAAAGAUCCUUCUUCACUAUCCGCGGUUACAGACACCUUUCUUCACAUUUCUCCAUGCGUUUGUUAUGCUCGGCGUAGAAUUACUCGUUCGUUCAUAUAGCCCUAAUUCCCCACUUUUCUUUGUUCUUACGCCAUUGGAUUAUGGUAUGCGCUAGCAUCGCCCGCUUCUCACCGAUGUAAAACAUCCUGAGGUCGUAAAGAUGCAAAAACAAAUCUCUGCCCCAGA